AUGGGAGCGACUGCAGAACCUUUCUCCCCUCCUACCCGACUGUUGCUGUUCUCCUUCACCGGAAGCCGGCUGACGAAGCCGCGAACAAGCCUCGGCAUGGAUCCCCCGAGCCCCAUGGAUUCUGUUGAAAUUGAGGACACAUUUGAAAGGGCCAUUCAACAGUCGAGCAGAGUUAUCAACGAAAAGAUGCCAAUUCGAAGAAUCAACUCAUUGCCACUCCAGCUGCAGAGUGUCAGUCCUUCUCUAAAGGGACAGGAAGCGGAUUCUCACCGCUAUGGAAUAUUCGGCCAACAACCCUCCCUAUCCUGUCAGCGCGGCAACAAGGAAAACAUGCCGGAGGAGGGCUUUGAAUUUAAGAAACCAACCAAGCCGGCAUCACGGUGCCGCGUGCGCUCCUUCAACAGCGGCCAGUCAAAGGACGCGUUUGCCCGCCGUCCCAGCUCAGCACCAGCCCUCAUGCUUUCUUCCCCUCCCCCAAUCCAGCAGCUUGACUUUUGCGACAGCCCCAUGUUCCUGAGACGUUCCUCUCUCACUACUUCUCUGGACGACGAAGACGACGGCUUCCUGGAAGUUCUGGAUGACAACAUGGAGGAUGACUCUGGGAUGCCAAUGGGAAUGGCCAGCUUGCUCACUGCCCCGCUGGUGACCGACAGCAUCGGAGAAGAUUCUCCUGUGAUUCGCUGUCGACCGCGGAGCCUGUUUCGCUCCCCUUCCAUGCCCAGUCCGGUGUCCCGUCCCUCUGUCAAACGUCCCGACUGCCCCAGAGACGAAAACACGCCAGUGAGGGUGAAAAGGCGACGCAGUCUGGCAGGAACACAAGUCACCACCCUGGAACAAAACCCUGAAUCCCCGAGAAUGGGCUUUUCUCUCUGCUCCAGGAGGUCCAAGUCCUGCUGCCAGACGGACAUUGAGAAGCCUUGCUGGGACGGACGAGGACGCUCUAACGAGCUAAUAGGAGGAUUUUCACCAAGGUCACCCCUCCACUGGUCAGCCACCACCACCACCACCACCACCCCCACACCUCCGGGGCUCAGGUCGAGGGAGAAGGAGUACACAUCUGCUCGUGGAGGAGGCCCCGGCAGCCAACAGAUGGACAGCAACACAGAGGGAGAAGACUCGAGCCUCUGGCCAGGAAUUCUGGAGGGAAAGACAGACAAAAGAUGA